AUGAGCAGAGCAAAAGGGAUUGGGGACGAUGAAGGUGACGAGGACACGGACGUCGUGGACAUGGACAAGAACGAGCAGCUAAACGGCAAGAAACGAGCGACGGCGUCGAAACGGCCGCGGACAACGAUGGCAACGAGCCAAAGUCAGUUUCCAGCAGCAUUUUGGGGCCUUCAGUUCAAAAGUAUUGUUUUAAGGAUUACAUUUAUAACGGCCGCCCCAACGCCGCCCACAAAAAAGGCACAGCAGGCGCCGGGUCCAAAAGAAACUGUCAAAGAAAACUGGCAACAGCGCGCCCGCAAUAGCGACAGCGACAGCUGCGUCGACGUCGGCGUCGUCAGUGACGCCUGCCUGCCGCAUUUAACGAACACUAAUUCAUUGCGCUGUCAGCGCAGCAGCAGCGACAGCAACAGCAACAACAACUUGAACUCCAUUUUGAUGCUCAUCUGCUGUGCGGAAGAAGGAGAGGAGAGGAGAGGAGCAAGCGAGGAGCUUUUUUUCGUUUCUAAAGCAGAGAGCGCGCUUUCGUCGCGUCACAGCCUCCAGUUGGAUUAUUCAAUAGACUUCUUCAAAACGUAUAUCGAUACGCAGCGUUUUUACGCCGGCCACAAAUUGGAUUUCAAACAUCAAAGUUGUGCCGGCGGCCCUGGUUCCGGUGGUGGCGGCGCUGCUGGAGUGGUAGGCGUCGUCGGCAACACCAACAGCAGCAACACAGCCAGCCAGCAACACAGUCAGCAGCAGCAGCAACAACAGCAACAACAACAGCAGCAGCAGCAACAACAACAACAGCAGCAAGCUUUGCCAGCGAACGGCAACAACAACGGCAACAGCCACGCCCACAGUCACGCACACGCCCUUGCGGCGGCACACGCACAUCAGCUGCAACAACACUCAGUGCUUCCGUUGCAGCAGCAACAACAACAACAACAACAGCAGCAGUCCCAGCAACAACAGUUGUCGGCGGUAACAACGCCACUGCAGCAACAACAACAGCAGCAGCAACAACAACAACAGCAGCAGCAACAACAACAACAGUUGCAAGCAUCGCAGCAACAACAACAGCAGCUGAUCAACAACAGCAACGGCGUAGGCGUAGGAGUUGUCACGCCCACUCUGUUAAUUGGCAACGGACCCGGUUCAUCGUCGGGCGGCGUCGUCGGUCACACGGUUUCCUCCUCGUCCUCCUCCUCGGCAGCCGCCGCCGCAGCAGCAGCGGCAGCCGCUGCAUCGGCCGCAUCAGCAGCAGCAGCAGCAGCCGCCGCUGCAGCCGUUGCACCCGUCUCCUCCGGCGGGACAUCGGGAGCGGGAUCGUCGUCGGUGCUGCCGCACGUGGCGCCGCACAGCUUGGGCUUGAGUCCGCAGUCGAGCGCGGAUUCGCAGCAGUUCAACAUCUUUCCGGCGAUCUUUAGCCGGCAGCUGAACUUCUCAGCGGCCGGCGCUUGCGGUCAGGGCGGCAAACUCAGCAUGGACGAGCUGCGACCGAAUCUGGUGGGCGGUCUGUUGGGACUGCAGCAGGGACUGCUCGAGGAUCAUGCGAGUAGCAUGCAGCACGGCGGCGUCGCUCAGGACACCAAAUUCAUGUCGUUCCAGGACAAUCGCCUCAUGGGCAUCGGUGGCACGUCCUCCCACGAGAAUCGUUUGCUCAGUCUGGCCACCUCGGUGCAGGACACACGCUCACCGAUCACCACAUCGCUGGACAAAUCCUCAUCGUCGUCGCUCAAUCAUCAGCGCAAAUGCAGCAGCACGCCCGAGGAUUUCAGUGCCCUCUACUCUGGCCUGCCCACGCCCGGCAUGGACUCGUCCUCGCAUCAUCAUACGCCAGCGCAUACGCCGCCCUCUCGCCUCUCCGAUCACACCAUAUCGGCUGAAGGUGCAUUCAAGAAGCUGAAGCCGGAACCCAACAGCGGGCUGUCAACGGUUUCCGCCGGCAUCACAUCGCCCGGAAGUGGACUUUCCUCGCUGAGUCAGCACGCCGGCCACACGCCAACCACAGCAUCCUGCCCAACGCCAGCCAGACGAAGACAUCGCACCACAUUCACACAGGAACAAUUAGCGGAACUGGAAGCAGCAUUCGCCAAAUCGCAUUAUCCGGAUAUUUACUGUCGCGAGGAGUUGGCGCGCACCACGAAACUGAACGAAGCAAGAAUCCAAGUGUGGUUUCAAAAUCGCCGUGCGAAAUACCGUAAACAGGAAAAGCAGCUGCAGAAGGCACUGGCACCAUCUGUGAUUCCGUCGUGCAACGGUAUGAUGCGGAACAUCCAAGGCUAUAGCGUAUCUCGCGGAUACCAGCCUUAUCCGCAUCACAACACCAUGAAUCGUUAUCCUCAGGAUCUGUUCCAGAUGGGCGCUUCAUCGUAUCCGGGCAUGACGCAGCCCUUCUCCAUGGCCCACAGCACAAAUAUGGGCUCUGUGGGCGUGCGUCAGGACUCGAUGGGAAUGUCGCCGGAGGACGAAUGGUAUAAUAAAAGUUUAUCUGCAUUGCGGAUGAAUAGCUCACAUCAUCCGAACUUAUCGGCGCCGAUGCUUCAAUACCAGACAUAAUCAAAGACCUUUGACGACUUCUUUUAAAAGAUCGCAACUCAAGUUCCCCCUCCUCUCAUCCUGUUCCUGAUCCUGUUCCUCCGCAUCCUUGUGCCCAGACCUUCCAGUGAGUUGAGAUGUUUUAAGAGCGAGUGCGUCAAAUGGACAGCGACUAAAGCGAAUAAGAGAAUACGAUUAAGUAUUUCCACAUACUCAAAUCUCUCAAUAUGUAGAGAGCAUAUCUAUCUCUGUAACUGUAAUUGUAUCUGUAUCUAGAACUAUUCCGUGUAUGUCAACUAGCUAAGAGUGUGCUGAGUGUGUGAGUGUGUGUGUGUGUGUGUGUGUGUGUGUGUGUGUGUGUGUAUGCUAUGUAUUGAUAUCUAAGAUAUUUGUCGUACUCGAACAUUUUUGUGGGCGUGACACACCCGAUAUACGUAUACUUAAUCUACUUGUAAGACUUGUUGAUAUUUUUC